ACUAUUCGUUACCGUUUGGCUCAUUCGGAUUGUUUUGACAUUAUCGGCCGGACUAUCCGUAGGAAAAUGUAAGAGAGAAGAUGCUUAAAAUUCAAUCGAAUUUUUGAGGGUUUACUCGGAUAAUAGAAAAAAAAUGCAGAAGCAUGAUUACAAGUAAGCUGACCCAGAAAAGAUGACAUCUUGGCGAUGGUUGCGUUAUUUUCACCUACACAGUCGUCAGGGAUGUAUAUUAGUUGGCGUAGCAACACUUCUAUGGCUUAUAACGAUUUUCAACAUAAAUUCAACAUCUGUUGUUAAUAGAAGAAGUGAGGAGAUCAAAUCUGAAGUUAUUAAACUGAGUGAGCAGUACAUUAGAGCUUUAGCACGUGACAAUGAGGGUGUCGUUGAUGGACCCUAUGCGGGUAGAUUUACAGCAUAUGAUCUCAAGAAAACAAUGGCUGUGUUGCUAGAGAACAUAUUGGAAAGACUAGAUAAAGUGGAACACAGAUUGAACAUCACUGCCAACAUAAGCUCCAUACUUGCCAAACAAGGAACAGCAAAUGAACAGCAUUCAUUACUAGCUCAGGAUUUAAUUGAAGGAGAACCAGAACAGUGUAGACUGACAGACAAAGAGAAACAGCUCUACCCGAAAUGUCAGGGAAAGAUAGAGUGGAUGAAGAAUAUGUGGAAAUCUGACCCCUGUUAUGCUUCUUACGGUGUGGAUGGUUCAACUUGUUCUUUUAUAAUGUUUCUGAGUGAGAUUGAAGGCUGGUGCCCAAGAUCAGCUUGGCAUGGUUCCAACCGAGCUCCAACACAAGAUAUAUUUGAGACGCAGACAGCUAAUAUAACGACGGACCUCAGUGGGCUGAUGGAACUGCUGAAAGACCCGAAUGAACGGCAGGGUUAUGCUUGGAUCCGUAUGAGGAUUAAACGCAUCUGGCCAAGGUGGGAGGAGGCCAUUAAAAAAUUAGCCCAGAAACAAGAUUUAUCAAAGAGAAGCCCUAAAAAGAUUCUGGUACAUUUGGGAUUACUUUCAAAGCAGUCUGGAUGGAAAUUUGCUGAAAUGCAGUUUAAAGGUGGGCCGUUGGGUGAACUGGUACAAUGGUCAGACCUUAUUACAGCCCUGUAUGUGUUAGGACAUCAAUUGACUAUUACAAGUGAAACGGACCAGCUUAGCAGCAUUGUUUCCCAGCUGCCAGCAGCCAACUCUCCUUGCCAGAGUCGCAAAGACCUUCCAGUAGACAUUAUAUACAUAGACAUUGUGGGUCUGAAACAGUUCAAAAAAUAUGUGAAAAAUGGAUAUGGCAAGUUCAGUUGCCUGCUGAGAAUCUUGGAUUCUUUUGGCACAGAGCCAGCUUUUAAUCUUCGAUCUUUUGCCAAGCAACGGAAGAAGUUAACAUCAUGGGGCGGGCAAGAUUUAAUGCCACAACAGUUCUUCAACAUGUUUCCUCACAGCCCAGACAAUUCCUUCAUGGGUUUUGUGGUAGAGAGGCAUUUAAAUGAGUCCGAUGUGAAAGAUAUAGAGAGAAGCAACAUGGCAGUCGUGUAUGGUAAAAAUGAUUAUAUGUGGAAGGGUAGAGAAGACUUCUUGAACAUGGUGAACAAGUCUGGUAUAGUUAUACAUGGAACAGUAUAUAAAGAGAACAAAUCAGUGAAACUAGAACACAUUCCAAGUUACGUGGUCAACCAUGGUAUCUUAAAUGGUGAAGAUCUACAUACAUUAUUGAGAAAAUCUAAAAUAUUUUUGGGGCUUGGAUUCCCUUAUGAAGGACCAGCACCACUAGAGGCAAUAGCAAAUGGGGCAGUAUUUAUCAACCCAAAGUUUGCAAAACCACACAACAGAAAUACAGUGCCAUUCUUUAAGGGAAAACCUACAGAACGAGAGUUGACAAGUCAACAUCCGUAUGCGGAGCAGUUUAUAGGUGAACCGUAUGUUUAUACCAUAGAUAUAAAUGACUCGGAGGAAGUUCGAACAACAGUACAGAAAAUAUUGGACACUAAUCAUUUUAAAGGUUAUCUGCCAUAUGAGUAUACAGAAGAAGGUUUUAUACAGAGAAUGAAUGCAUAUAUAGAACAUCAGAAUUUCUGCCAGUUUCAAAAACAGCUUUCAAAAUGGCCGCCAGAAAGCGCAGUUCAGAUUCUAUUUGGAGAGGCAGGAAAAUCCUGCAAGGACGUGUGUUGGGAAAAAAAUCUCAUUUGCGAACCAAGCCAUUUUCUUGAAACCAAUGCUCACAGUGCUCUUAUAUCUCAUGGCGCAUCAUGUGCCGCAAAUAAAACUCUCACCGACAUUUUUUAUCCUGCGUUGGAUACUAAAACAAAUGACUGUAUAGUUCAACAAGAGGAACUACUUUUUAGCUGUGUAGGAAAACAGGAAAAUCUGCGUAGACUGUGUCCAUGCCGGAACUACAUCAAAGGGCAGACGGCACUCUGUGUUAGUUGUGAAACGUGAUAUAGUCGGUCAGAUUUGUGUCGCUAAUUUUUAGAGUUUUUGUUUCUUUGAAAAGUAGAUAGCAUAUUUAUGUAUUGUGUAGUUUACCAGUUUUGUAGAAAUGUAAAAACUACUAGUACACAUUAUUCAAACUGCAAAAAAAUCUGUUCUACCUGUGAUGCAAAAAUGGUAUGUUCCUUAUUUAACAAUGGAACUGCCUAUUCCUUCCAGAAGGGGUGAAAGGGUAAUAAAGAGGAUUUAUUUUUGUCAUUUCUAUCUUCAUGUUGACUAAGCUGUAUUCAUUCCUUACCAGUAAAACUAAUUUUCUGUAUGUGGUUAGUGUUCUUUGUGUGUAUUUUUUCAACUUAUUCUUGCAUAAAAACUACUUUUUUCACUGGAUCCGCCCAUGUAUUAACGGGAGAAAAAUCGUGUGCAAACAAGGCAAUUCACGUGCUGUUAAUACCCAAUUUUUAUUUUUGAAAUGCUUUGCCAGGGAUAUAUGUAUGUAUUUUUACGCACACUGAUAUUUGGCAUCUGCGUCUUGUUUCUUCCUUAACAACCUCAUCUUGUAGCAUUAUAAAUACAAUGUAAUCCAUAGUAUGUUUAGCUGUAUCUGUUUCCAACCCCAAACAUACUGCCCCCAUCAAUGUACGCCCUAGCUUCUCUUAGAGUUCACUCCCUUUACAAAGCGUCUGUUCAGUUAUUGUAAAUAACUGUGAAUAAAUAAGUAUCGCGUGUAACUUGUACUAUUGUUCGUUUUUAGGUAUUAUAUUUAUGAUUUUGGUAAGUGUCAGUCGGUAUGUUUUUAUCUAAUUUCUCGAAUUUAUAUAAAUAGCUUGGAAACUUGACACUACGUUCAUACUUAUCCAUACUCCAACUGCAUGUCCGUACUCAAUAUAACUCGAAUGCAAAGUUAUUAUUCUUGAAAUUGUGAUCGAGUCCACCAAAUUGUGAAAUGGUAUGAACAGUUAUUGGUAAUUUUAUGUUUGUAAUAAUGAGAGAUAAAAAAUUGCUUAAAAACCUUCAGGUGCUUUUGAUAGUGUUGUUUAUUUCCGGGCUCUGGAUACGGAUAUUUAAAACAUGUUUACCGUUUCCAAGAACAACUGGAAUGGUAAAUAAAAAAUGUACCGGAAUCGUCAAGUCAUCACGUAUGAAAACAAUAUAUAAAUCGCUGUGAAAUAUAUUUUUAUGCAAGAAUAGCGACAAUACACGUUUGUUUUGUGUAUUAACGUCUGCAGAAGCCCUUGGGAUAUGUUUGUGACCUCGACCUUCGGUCUUCUGCAGACGUUAAUACACAAAAAAACAUGUAUUAUCCCUACAAAAAAAAAAGACAAUUCUUACAAAACCAUGUAAACUUUGUUUGAGACUUGUGUUUUCCGAAAAAAAGGAAAAACAGUGACAGUAUUCUUGAUAUUGUCUCUACAAAGGUAGUAAAUCCGUCUUUAUAUAGAAGUUAAAAAAUGUAUUGAUUUCAGAGUUUUAGGUUUUGGUUUUUGACAUAUUCAUAGCUCACAGAAUUUCUUGAUUGUUCAAGUUGUUAUACUGCAAAUAAGUGUAAAAAGUUUAAUAAUGAUUGAUUUCAUGUUGUUCUUAUAUGCCUGAAGGGACGUAUUAUGUUAUACCCCCGGUGUACGUCUGUCUGUCCAUCUGUUAGCAAUUUCAUUUCUGCUCUUUAACUCUUGAACCCCAUGAAGGAUUUCAAAGAAACUUGUCACAAAUGUUCACCACAUCAGGACGACGUGUAAAGCGCAUGUUCUAGAUGGCUAGCUUCAAGGUCAAGGUCACACUUAGGAUUUAAAGGUAAUUUGAGUGUUUCUUUUCCGCUCUGUAACUCUUGACUGCCUUGAAGGAUUUCAAAGAAACUUGACACAAAGGUUCACCACAUUGAGACGACGUGCAGAGCUACAAGGUCAAGGUCACACUUACGGAUCAGUAUUCAUAUGAGUGUGUUUCGUGUCCGCUCUUGAACUGCUUGAAGGAUUGUAAAGAAACUUUGUACAAAUGUUCACCACAUCAAGAUGACAUGCAGAGCACAUGUUCUGGAUGGCUCGUUUCAAGGUCAAGGUCACACUUAGGGGUCAAAGGUCAUCGCUGUGUAACUCUUGAAGCCGUUGAAGGAUUUUGAAGAAACUUGACACAAAUGUUCACCACAUUGAGAUUAUAUGCAGAGCGCUCUGGAUGACUAGCUACAAAUUCAAGGUCACACUAAGGGGUCAAUGGUCAUAACUUCGGGUGUAUAUUGCUCUGCAUUGCGGUGCUCUUAUUUUUUAAAAGUUUUAAAUAGCAGUAUUUUUCUUUAUAAAUGAUAGUUUUAGUAAGUUAAUAGAGAAUAGCAACUAUAUUAUAUUACGAGUUAUUUUGGCAUGGUCCAAUUUUUUGAUGAUUUAUGAAAACUGGUUUUAACUUGGCAUGUACAGUAUUAGCAGUUUAACAUAUUUUACUGUGAAAAAAUUGGUAUCAGCUCUAGUCAGAUAUUGGUACUUUCUGUCUUUGUCUUUCAGAAUGGGUGUCAAAUUAGGCCUAUCCAUAGAUCAAAUACAUAAUUUGAUCAAACAUGGAUGUUUGUUACAUGAAAAAUUGUUGAUUGUAUUCUAUACUCGAUGAUUUAAUGUGGAAAUAAAUAUUCUCUUUACCUGUUAACUGUCAAUGAAAUGAAAAUUUUUUAUUCUGUUCCAUACUUGAUGAUUUUAUAUGGAAUAACCGUUAACUGUCUGUGACAUAGUUUUAUAAAAUUUGUAAUUGUUUUGUAACAAAUUAUUGGUUACAAUUUUGUAUUAACAAGUGUUUGAAUAUUAUAGUCUUUCUGGAUUUCCUGGCUGGUACAGAAACCCAUGUUCUUGUAUACUGUAAAAUCAUUUAAUUUCGUGGGCAUGAAUUUUCGCGGUUUUGGUCAAAACGGCAAUUUCGUGGGGAUAUGAAUUCGUGGAUUUCAACUUUUGAAUAUAAAAUGAAUGGGAAUUUUAUUUAUUUGUUGGGAUUAAAUUUUGUGGAUUGAACCAACCACGAAAUCCACGAAAAUUAGUCCCCCACGAAUAUUAAUGAUUUCACAGUAUCUAAAUAGUGAAAGAAUGCAGAAAUAGUAUACAGGUACAUAUGAUUGUUAAUAUUACAUAUUUUUAACUGUCCACUAUCUUAGCUAUAUUUUUUACUUGUUUAAUUGUUUGUUUUUUCUACUAAAUAAGUUUGGUUUUAUAGAAACUUAAAUUUUAUUAAUUGCAUUGAAUUAUAAGAUUCCAAAACUUU